CCACCCUCAGCCCCUGCACCCACCCUCAGCCCUUGGUACCCACCCUCAGCCCCUGCACCCUCCCCAACUCCUGUACCCAUCAUUGCUCCCUGUGCCCACAUUUGUCCCUUGGGUCUACACUCACUCCUGGGCCCUCCUUCACCCCAUUCUCCCUAUUGCUCCUUACCCCACCCCCCAACUUCAGAAUGGAAGAGUGGAGGCAGUGUGGACGCUGGCUCAUCGACUCCAAGGUGUUGCCCCCAAAUCACCGCGUAGUGUGGCCAGCAGCUCAGGUCUUUGACUUAGCACAAGCUCUGAGGGAUGGAGUCCUCCUGUGCCAACUCCUGCACAACCUGAGCCCAGGAUCAAUUGAACUCAAGGACAUCAACUUCAGACCUCAGAUGUCACAGUUUUUGUGCUUGAAGAACAUCCGAACAUUCCUGAAAGUUUGUCACGAUCGAUUCGGAAUGAGGAACAGUGAGCUCUUUGACCCGUUUGACUUGUUUGAUGUGAGGGAUUUUGGCAAGGUUAUCUCCGCUAUCUCCAGAAUCUCCCAUCAUGCUGUUGUCCAGAGCAAAGGCAUCAGGCCCUUUCCUUCAGAGGAGACUGCAGUGGAUGAUGAUGUUUAUCGCAGCCUGGAGGAGCUGGCAGAUGAGCAUGAUCUGGGAGAGGAAAUCUACGACUGUGUCCCAUGUGAAGAUGACGGUGAUGAUAUUUACGAGGACAUCAUCAAGGUGGAAGUUCGGCAACCGAUGAAGUUGGGUAUGACAGAGGAUGAUAAGAGGAACUGCUGCUUGCUCGAGAUCCAAGAAACAGAAGCCAAGUAUUAUAAAACACUCGAGGACAUUGAGAAGAAUUACAUGAUCCCAUUAAAGUCUGUACUCAGUGCCCAGGAAAUGGAGACCGUGUUCAUCAACUUGGAGGAAUUAAUCCGAGUGCAUUACAAUUUACUGAGAGCCAUUGACCUGGCAGCAAUCUCAGGAGGCAACACGCUCUACAAAGUCUUCCUGGAUUUCAAAGAGCGGCUCCUUGUUUAUGGGAAAUAUUGCAGCCAGAUGGAAACUUCCCAAAAAACCUUGGACCAACUGAUGGCAUCCCGGGAAGAAAUUCGCAGCAAAAUUGAGGAGUGCACCCUGAAAGUUCAGGAAGGGAAAUUUAAGCUGCAAGAUCUGUUGGUUGUUCCCAUGCAGCGAGUUUUAAAAUAUCACCUCUUGCUGAAAGAGCUGCUGAGUCACUCAAAUGACCGUCCCGAGAAAGAGCAACUGAAGGAGGCUCUUGAGGCAAUGCAGGAUUUAGCGAUGUACAUCAAUGAAGUUAAGAGAGACAACGAGACCCUGAAGAAGAUCUCGGAAUUCCAAUGUUCGAUAGAGAAUCUGCAAACAUCGCUGGCAAAUUAUGGGAGGCCGAAGAUUGAUGGAGAAUUGAAAGUCUGUUCCACGGUUAAUAGAACAAAACAGGAUCGGUACCUGUUCCUCUUCGAUAAGGCAGUGAUUGUCUGCAAGAGGAAAGGCUACAGCUAUGAACUGAAAGAGACGAUCGAUCUACAGUCUCAUAAAGUGACUGAUGACCCAAUGAAUAACAAGGAUUUGAGAAAGUGGUCCUACGCUUUUUAUUUAAUUCACCUUCAGGGGAAACAGGGUUUCCAACUGUUUUGUAAAACGGAGGAUAUGAAGAGGAAAUGGAUGGAGCAGUUUGAAAUGGCAAUGUCUAACAUUAAACCUGAGAAAGCAACAGCAAAUUGCCACAACUUUCAAAUGACCACUUUUGACAAAUUCACCAACUGCAAAGCAUGUGGAAUGUUGCUGAGAGGGAUCUUUUACCAGGGCUACACUUGUUCUAACUGUGGUGCUGGAGCCCACAAAGAAUGUCUGGAGACAGCAGCACAAUGCAAGAUAAAUCUACCGGGCGAUGAUCUGGAUGGUGGACAGCCAGCGGCAGCAGGUCCCAGAAUGCUAGCAGUUCGUUCAUACCAGGGAAACCCCACUCCACCUGUGGGAAAACCAAGCCUCAGCUUCCAGACUGGAGAAGUCAUUGAAUUGCUCAAGGGAGAUCCAGAUUCAACGUGGUGGGAGGGCAAGGUAAUUCAAACCAAACGGUCGGGUUGGUUCCCAAGCUUGUCUGUGAAGCCUUGUCCAGUGGAUUCAAGACAUUUUAUUAAACCGCCUUCAAAAGAACCUGACUACAGCAUGUACCCCUGGUUUGCGGGUAAUCUGGAGCGGGGCCAGGCUGACAAUCUCCUGAAGGCACACAGCUCAGGAACAUAUCUUAUUCGAGAGCGGACAGCAGAAGCUGAAAGAUUUGCUAUAAGUAUUAGGUUUAACGAUGAGGUGAAACACAUAAAAGUUGUUGAGAAGGACAAUUGGAUCCACAUCACCGAGGCCAAGAAAUUUGAGAGUCUCCUGGAGCUGGUAGAAUAUUACCAGACACACUCACUAAAAGAGAGCUUCAAGCAGCUGGAUACAGCUUUACGCUUUCCAUACAAACAGCGAGACAAGACUAUUCAGCGCUCAAACUCUCGGACUCCAGUGUUUAACCCCCGACCCAUCAGCAUGGCAACAGCACGAUAUAAUUUUGCAGCUCGUGACAUGCGUGAGCUCUCACUUCGAGAAGGAGAUGUAGUGAAAAUCUACAACAAGGUUGGAGGUGACCAGGGAUGGUGGAAAGGUGAAGCAAAUGGAAAGGUUGGCUGGUUUCCUUCAACAUAUGUUGAUGAGGAAGGAAUGCCGUGACUGGUCGAUGUAAUGUCACCCGCCCUGCCGGAAGCCAUUAAUUUUGCACACCUGAUAUCCAGGACCCAGAAUGACUCCUUGCUUCUCGAGGGCUGAUGGCGAAUAACUUUUCAUCAAUCUUACUGCUUUUUACUAAUGACUCUUUUAAUAAUUCUCAGAUUGAUCAUCACAAGAUUCCCUAUGUUGUAUAUAAAUUCCUUUUUCAGAACAGCCAAUCAGAAUUAGAAACAAUUUUCAGUAGUGUGUGCAGGGUUGUACGUGUGGGUAUUUGAGCACAUGGGGGAGAAUGUGUUUGUAUAUGAGCCAUGCAUGUGGGUGUGUGCGCGUGGGCACAUGGGUAUGUCUGCUACUGUGAGAAUCCUUUCUAAAAAUCAUUUGUAAUUAUUUUACCAAGUAGCAAUGCCACAAUGUAUGUGAAUAUUUUAAGGAAUGUUUUUAGGCUGAUGCCAGUGUAUAUAUUUGGGUUCAUUGUGGGUUAAAUGGAAUUAUAGUUAAAAUUAUCGCUCAAUUUGUUUAGGAAUGAAUUGAAAAUGUAAAUUGGUACAAUUUUUUUGCACUGGCUAACACACAGGAAGCAGCUGGUUUGGAGAGACUGGGAGAAUCUGUGUUGCUGCUUGAAGGAUAAAACUAGGACAAGGAAACCAGGACAAGUCACUGCGCUCUUGGCCUGACUGAAGAAGCUGAUCAGACAGUGAUUGCAACUCAGACUGUACGGUUCACACAAACAGCAAAUAAAAGCAACUGUUUCUUUUCA